CCGCAUAUCAGCCGUCAUACUCCGCCAGAGUAUCAAAUAACUCAAAAGUAAAAAUCCCGUCUUCGCCAGUCUCCUGUCUCAGCGAGAGAGAGAACGAGAGGCAGAGAAGGAAAAUGUCGAUAUCUGCGAACGAUUUCUUCCAAGAAAACGACGGGAGCGACUCCGACACUGCCGAUGACGGUGACUACCGCCCGAUCUCCGCGCUCUCCGACGAAGAAGACGAUCCCGACGAUGAAACCCCCAUCCGCAUCAACGGCUCAGAUCUCAUCGCCCAUCCCGGUGAGUUCGAUUCCAUCUCCUUCCAAAACCCAUCUCUUCUCAAUUCCUCCAAUGGGUCCCACCCGGCCGAGAACGGAAUUUCAAACCUAAAUCUGAAUGACGACGAUGAAGAAGAAGAGGAAGAAGAGAGAAUGAGAAGAGCGUCGGAAUCGGCUAUCUCUCGGGCAUUUAGAGAGGACGAGAGCCGUCGGAACGCCCCACUGACGCCGGAGAACUCGUCGCGGAUCAUCAAUGCGAUGCGGGGGGUCUCGUUCCAUGGGUUCCCACCAGAUUGGGCGGGCAAUGUGCCCGAAGAUCAGUGGCUGGAUCAGCUGCAGAGAUUGAGAGAACCCACCACAUCGCAGAAUUAAAAAGGAAAAAAUAAAUAAAAAGCUUGAAAUGACUGUAAUUUGUGCAGAUUUCAGUGUGAAUUAGCUAUAAUGUAAGGGAGCUUUAUCAAAUCUGCCAAUGUUAUA